UUCUCUCCCUCCGCUGGUCUAUCUGCUCUCUUCACCAUGGCAGAACUGGAGGGCCUGGAGUUUGGGAAGUCGGACUUUGUCCUCCUGGACGAGGUAACCAUGGAGCAGUUCAUGGAGAACCUGAAACUGAGGUUUGAGAAGGGCCGCAUCUACACCUUCAUCGGGGAGGUGGUGGUGUCUGUCAACCCUUACAAACAGAUGGAUAUAUAUGGUAAAGAGACCAUUGAAGCCUACAGAGGGCGGGAGCUGUACGAGAACCCGCCCCACCUCUACGCUGUGGCCGACGCAGCCUACAAAGCCAUGAAGAGAAGAGCCAAAGACACCUGCAUCGUCAUCUCAGGUGAAAGUGGUGCAGGAAAGACCGAGGCCAGUAAAUAUAUCAUGCAGUACAUUGCUGCCAUCACCAAUCCCAGCCAGAGGGCUGAGGUGGAGAGCGUGAAGAACGUGCUCCUCAAAUCGAACUGUGUUCUGGAGGCCUUUGGGAACGCCAAGACCAACCGUAACGACAACUCCUCCCGCUUUGGGAAGUACAUGGACAUCAACUUCAACUUCAACGGAGAUCCCACCGGCGGGCACAUCAACAACUACCUGCUGGAGAAGUCAAGGGUCGUACAGCAGCAUCCAGGAGAGAGGAACUUUCACUCUUUCUACCAGUUGCUGAGGGGAGGUGCUGACGACAUGCUGAGCUCCCUGCACCUCCAGAAAGACCCCGCAGCUUACGUCUACACGCGGGAGGGCGCUGUCUGCACUACCUCCAGCAAUGAUGGCACCAAUCACAAGGCUGUGCUGAGUGCGCUGAAAGUGAUUGGCUUCACAGCUGAGGAGAUCAACUCGAUCUACAGGAUCCUGGGGACCAUCCUCCACCUGGGGAACUUGGAGUUUGAAACUGAUGCCGAGACCGUCCAGGUGGUGGGGGAGGAGUCUGUGAAUCACAUCGCGGCGCUGACCCGCACCGAGCCUGAUGACGUCAACAAGACCCUGCUGUUCCGUACGGUGGCCACCGGGGGUGGGGAGGUCAUCGAUAAGGGUCACAAUGAGCAGGAGGCUUCAUAUGGAAGGGAUGCUUUCGCCAAGGCAUUGUACGAACGACUGUUUGGAUGGAUUGUCAGUCGUAUUAAUGGUGUGAUCGAGGUGAAAAACUAUAACCCAGUGCUCCAUGGAAAAAACACUGUCAUCGGAGUGCUUGACAUUUACGGUUUUGAGAUCUUUGACAACAACAGUUUUGAACAGUUCUGCAUCAACUACUGCAAUGAGAAGCUGCAGCAGCUCUUCAUUGAGCUGAUCCUCAGACAGGAGCAGGAUGAGUACCAGAGAGAGGGCAUGACCUGGCAACACAUUGAUUACUUUAAUAAUCAGAUCAUCGUGGACCUGGUGGAGCAGCCCCACAAAGGUAUCAUCUCCAUCCUGGACGAGGCGUGUCUGAGUGUGGGCAAAGUGACGGACAUCAUGUGUCUGGAGAGCAUGGAUACCAAGUUGGGACAACACCCACACUACACCUCCCGCAAGCUCUGCCCCACUGACAAAAGCAUGGAGUUCCACCGAGACUUCCGCAUCCGCCACUAUGCGGGAGAUGUCACUUAUUCAGUGGAAGGCUUUUUGGACAAGAACAAAGAUCCCCUCUUCCAGGAUUUUAAGCGCCUCAUGUAUAACAGCGCUGACCCUGUGCUGAAGGAGAUGUGGCCGGACGGACAGUUGAGCAUCACAGAGGUCACCAAGCGACCCCUGACCGCUGCCAUGCUCUUUAAGAACUCCAUCAUUUCCCUAGUUGACAAGCUGGCCUGCAAGGAGCCGUACUAUGUGCGCUGCAUCAAACCCAACGAGGUGAAGUCGCCUGUACUGUUCGACGACGCCCGCUGCCAGCACCAGGUGGCGUACCUGGGGCUGGUGGAGAACGUCAGGGUGCGGAGGGCCGGCUUUGCCUACCGGCAGCCCUAUGCCCGCUUUCUGCAGAGGUAUAAAAUGACCUGUGAGUACACCUGGCCUAACCACCUGAUGGACACUGACCGGGAGGCAGUCAAGGCCAUCAUUGACUCCCACGAGUUCCAGGAUGAUGUGGCAUACGGGCACACCAAGCUGUUUGUGCGCACACCCCGCUCCCUCUUCACUCUGGAGCAGGAGCGAUCUGCCCUCAUACCAAUCCUGGUGCUCUUCCUGCAGAAGGUGUGGCGGGGGGCGCUGGCGCGGAUGCGGUGCCGGAGGAUGCGGGCCAUCUACACCAUCAUGGGCAGGUACAAGUGCUACAAGGUGAAGGCCCACUUCUGGGAGGUGGAGCGGCUCUUCGGCAACGUGCGCAACAUGGCCGACUACGGCAAGAGUGUGGAGUGGCCCACCCCGCCCGCCGCCCUCGCCCAGUUCCACAGCAUCACCAAGCAGCUGCACCGCAGGUGGUGGGCGAGGCAGGUCAUAAAGAACAUCCCGCCCUCGAACAUGCUGGAGGUUCGAGCCAAGGUGGCCACCCUGACGGCUCUGAGGGGCGAGCGGGUGGACUGGGGCUGCAGCCGCCCCUGGGAGAGCGACUACCUGGGCAGUGCCAGAGAUUCCCCCCAGACCUGCUCCCACUUCGUGCGCAUCUCCAAAGAGCUGAAGAACAAAGACCAGUUCAACAGCAUCCUCUUCUCCGGCUUUGUGCGCAAGGUGAACCGGUUCAAUAAAAGCACAGACCGCGCCCUGCUCAUCACAGACAAGCACCUCUACAAAAUGGAGCCACGCAAACAAUUCAAAGUGCUGAAGAGGGUGCCUCUGGACUCUGUGACAGGGCUGAGCGUCAUGAGCGGAAGUGACCAGAUGAUGGCGCUGCACACCUCUGCGCAGGACGACGUGCUGGUGUGCCUGCAGAGGGGGGAGCUGUGCCCCAACCAGGACCGAGUGGGCGAGGUGGUGGGAGCGCUGAGCGACCACUUCACACGGGUGACAAACGCUCCGCUGGAGGUGAAGGUGUGCAACGGUGCCCUCCAUCUCCACAUGAGGGGGAAGCCCAAGUGUGUCACGGUGGAGAAGAAGCCCGGCCAGGCCGCCGCCGACUUCCGCAAGACCCGAGACGGCUUCAUUCUGCUGCUGCCCGCUCACUGACCCCCCCAACCC